AGAUCAUACGAACCCUCCCACUUCAUGUGCAACACCACAUGCGGGCCUUGUUUCUUGUCCUAGGGAACCGUCGCAUCGCUCGCACUCAACCGGACUUUUGAAGUUGGACCAAAUCGUUGCCCUCAGACCAUCCUGCUCGCCAUUCUGUCUCCCAGUCCUGAGCCGAGUCACACGAUAUCCUCUUAUUGACAGGGAAUCUGGAACUCGUAUCCUGUGCUUUCCGGGGAAAGGGGAGAUACUGAGACACACCUAGCACCCGAGAGACGGCUUCUUGAAGGAGCAUCGAGUCGGACAGUCACUCUCCAUCAUGGAGGCAGCUGCAAAUUUCUUGAGGAGGAAGCGGUCCGCUGGGGGAGAGAAGGGCAGAUCGCUUUUCUCAAAAGCACACCCAACCCCCUCGUCCAGUGCCGGACCAAACAGAUUGGAUUUGGACCUCCCCGAUCUUCCCAAGCUCGAGCUCUCCGAGUUGCUUCGUUUUGACGGGGCCCAAUCGAAGGCUCCCGACCAAUCGUCGCUAUCGCCAGAAGCAACAACAGGAAGAGCAACAACCAGAAGUCCAGCACCGCCCAAAUCCGCGCCGCCAACGACAACAACAACAACGCCCAUAGCAGCAACGACGUCAGCUUUGAGCCCAUUGGACAAGAAGCUGCCUGUUGCACCAAUCCAGACUCGUACUGGUAUCUCUGGUCCCCCAACUGGUCCUCCCACUGCGCCGCCUCCUCCGCCGCCACAGCAAGCAAAACCAAAGUUGCUGCCAGCGCCUAGAUCUGCUGUGGAAGCACCCAGCUGGGAAAGAACGGCCGGGUCGCAGCAUCCCGGAGCUGAUAGGCACAAGGCAGCUACUAUGAUCACGACUGUCAACGCGGCCUCCACACCCCCUACCCCGACGGCCGCUUCCAACGCCAAACCUUGGAAUGCUCCGCUGCCGCCCCUACCGCCCAUGUCGAUACCCAGACGGCCUGUUCGUCCUGGCAUAAGUUCCCCUACUUCACCUUCGCUUGUGAAUGCUCCCACGUCGGUUGCGGUUUCCCCAGACUCGCCCACCCUAAAGCCCAUCGCAGCUUCCCGGCCAUCCUCACCACCCCACCCAGCCCCAGUCCCGGCUUCGGCCUCGGGCUCAGCAAAUCUCAAGUCCGCCGUGUCGCCCGACCCUUCGGUUCCCGAGUCACCAGCCGGCUCCGUAUCCAGCAUCUUGUCGGCAUAUUCGGAUGGCAGUCCUGGAUCAACCCCGAGAUCCUCGACAAACUCUACUCAUAGCUUUCCCGAUUCCAAGGAGCCCAACUUAAGCACAACGUCUUCAAGACUGGUCGGACAAGUCCCAUAUUCCAACAGCCAUGAACAAAACAGGGAAGCAGACAGGUCUCGAAAGUUCGCACAAUCAGAGCGAGAAUUGCCGCCGGCACCGCCCGCGCCUCCAGUGAAAGAGAAAGACGCGCAUCUCAACCGUCAAAGGCCAGAGACCCCGCCGAAAAUAGUCCGACCAGAAACAGAACAAGCUUCGACAGGGGCGCAAAUCGCGCCGAUCUCGAUCAACGGCUCAAACACUUCUCCCCAGCACGGAGAGCUCUGGAGACGGAGAUCGGUGAAAAGUGAAAAGAACCUGGUGGUUGCGGACCUGAAACUUGAUUCCAGCAACGGAUCCACGGCCGAAUCAGGCCAGAUUCAAUCUUAUGCUGCUUCGCGCACCGCCGACGCCCAGCCAACAGUAACACCGCCUUUGUCGCCAGGGCACGUCGACGCAUCCCCACCUGCAGCCAAUAACAAUUACCGUGCCCCAGCGCAUAGAACCACUGCUAAUGCUCUUCCUGGGAGAAACAUCCGUCCUUCAGCCUCUCGUCAACAAGCCAUCCCCCAGGUUCAGGAUACGAUGGGCCAAGCCAAAUCCCACUUGAGAAAGAAGAGCCGCGACGACACACCGAGAGCGGGUACGCCCGCAGAAAAGGCAGUGUUGCAACCGCCAUUCGAAACCAGCAAUGGGCUGCCUGCCGCCACUACCGCUCCUUCCGUCGCCCAUCAUCCCACACCCGAUUAUGGACAGUACGAAGUCAAGCAGCCGCAUUGGGAGCCGAACGCACCGUCGGUACAACAAGUGCCAUCGACAGAUGUACAAGGUGGAAACAGACCCGCGAUUCAGCGGAAAGCAGUUGGAGGGUACGACUCCCAGUUGCGGUCGGUAAACAAUUCAAAUCUGGCUCCAAGCGAAGAAAACAAUGAUGCCGCCGGGCUCUCCGUGCGCUCGCCUGUUGGACUCCCCGCUUCUCCUGCGGCCAACCGGGGCCGCCCUGUAGAGCGACCCCCGGCCCCCAAUGCAGCCCCGUUCCCCACUCGAACCACAUCCAAAACCGGCAACGGAUACCGACCCGCAUAUCCUACUCCUCAAAUUCAAGUCCAGGACGAAUAUCAUCAAUACUUCAAUGGAACCAUAGAUCAUGGCUCCGUAUCCGAAUCCGGCUCUGCUGUAUCUGUCGAGACCCUCCGGCCGCCAAAGCAGAGAUAUGUGGACAACGAGAUUGCCGUGAUCUCGGACGAGGAGGAGCCCGAGGAGCAGUCCUGGCCCGAAAGGACCGAUAACGCCGGCGUGGCUUUCUUCCUGAAGAAGAAGAAGAACUGGUGCACACCAUUGCCAGCCGACGGAGUACUCGAUGCGCCCCCUCUUACGGACAAACACUAUCGGUGCCUCACGAGCCACAGGUACAUGACGCCGAGCCGACAGAGAUAUAAUCGAAUUGCCUGCCGCACUUGUGGUGAGAGACAGCAUGUGGAUUGCUACAUUUGCAGUGCCUGCGCCCUCAACAUUUGCCUUCCUUGCACCAAAGGCUUGAAGGUGUUUGGGGGCAAUUUAAAGCAGCUUUUGCGCCAUGUGGAAGAGAGCAGACAAUUCAAUGAGGAGGACGAGAACGGCCAAGUAACCCCAGGAGUCCAAUACGCGGACCAAAACGGAUUUAGCUGCGGGCCACCAACAGAGAACGGGGUGCUUUGUCCCGUGGAGACACAGUAAUCGUAAGGGUAGAGUGGUGAAGAUUAGGAAACAAGUUUGGGAAGAAGCAUAAA